GUCAGUGAAUACGCUCAUUUUAGCACUAUACGUAGCUCUCGCAACCUUCAGACAUUCGCGGUAUGUCUGAUGCAAAGCCGACGUUGUUAGCACUCUUCAGUUCAGAGUCAAUUUCAUCCUUGGUCCUCUCAUCGCCAGUGAUCCGCCCGGCAGACCUUGCCUCCUUUUCGCUCGCGUCGAAGCGCCUUCGGCUUACAACGACUCCCUUCCUGUAUUCCCGCGUCAUCCUUUAUUCACCCAACGCUAUCAGGAAGUUCCUCUUCACAAUUCUUCACAAGCCAACUACCUAUGCUGCUUUCGUUCACACCAUGUACCUCUCUUCCUAUCGCGGCCAGCCCCGCUUGCACCUCACAAUGACGCGUGAAAUGAAUUUGGCUCUUAGUAAUGUCCUGCCUCUCCUUCGAAAUCUCGAGUACAUUUAUCUCAGCGAGCUUUGGUGCUUUUCUGCUGCGAUUUUCGCGUCACAUGGAAAGAUCGUAUCUCCACUGCGAGAUUGCCGCCUAAAUGGGAUCACUUUUUCAACGCAGACUCGGAUCGUCGACUUUUUACGCUUUCUUUCAAGUCAGAAACACCUCGUGUCUCUAAGACUUGGAGUAGUUGCUGUUCCAAAUGAUCACCACGACCAGCAGCCUCUGCCCUGGGAUGAAAUGGUACCCGGAGACGACCAUCCUCUCGUCCUGUCUGACAGUCUCCCUGCAUUGACGCAACUCGAUGGACCUGUAUUCGUAGCAACCCAAGUUUUGAGGUCAAAUGCACCUCUGGAAUUCCUUCGCGUGCAUACCGCGCUAGAAUACGAUGCUAGCUUCGUACGAGAAGGAAAUGUCCUCCCGGUAUUAUUCUCGAGCUUCAUCGAAGUGAAAACCCUUUGCUCAGAGAUAGUCACGAGUAGAAUGCGGAGAUCGUUGAAGAGCCUCGUCGUUCUCGGUUUUCCUGGUGACGAUGAGUUGCAAGAAUUGCAUUUUUCGAAGAAAGAUCCAUACAGAGAUGCAGGAAAUUUGCUCGGGGAUGUAAUUGGGGAUCUGAUGCAGACGCUUGCGUUGAGAUGCCCAUCGUUGCUUCAUGUGGGAGGUCUUCCGCUAUCUUGCAAGGAUGUGAGAGUUUCCACAUGUCGUUGAUCCCCUCUAAGCUGAUGCCUGGCACGAAUCCAAGCGGUCAGAAGUGCAUGCAGCUCUUAUGGAAAUGCACUCUCUUCGAAGUAUCGAAUUCUCGGUCACCCCUUGGUUAGGACCGAGUGUAAUGGGUAUUUCAUCCUUGGGUCAACAGCAUUCGUCCUUUCCUAGCCCUGCUAUCUUCAAAGCGAUAAGUAUGGAAUUUAAAAUGUACUGCCCAACAUUACGGUAC